UAGCUGUGACAAUUGGCGGCGUCCGAUGCGGCGGGGCGGCCUCAGCGAGGGCGGCAUGUCGAGUGAUUUCUAUCUUCGUUAUUAUGUGGGGCACAAGGGAAAAUUCGGCCACGAGUUUUUGGAGUUUGAGUUCAGGCCGGAUGGUAAACUCAGAUAUGCAAACAACAGCAAUUACAAAAAUGAUGUUAUGAUUAGAAAAGAAGCAUAUGUCCAUAAAAGUGUAAUGGAAGAGCUGAAGCGAAUCAUAGAAGAUAGUGAAAUCACAAAAGAAGAUGAUGCUUUGUGGCCUCCACCUGAUCGAGUAGGGCGACAGUUAUUGAGUGUCAACCAACAUACAUCAAAGUUGCUGGUGAACGCAGCAGGCCAGGCAGCAUCUAUAGGAAGAGGCGCAGUCGACGUUUCAGGCCGAGACCCUUCGUCAGGACUAACUGAAGGAAGAGAACUGGAAAUUGUAAUAGGAGAUGAACAUAUUUCAUUUACAACAUCUAAGAUUGGCUCUUUAAUUGAUGUUAACCAAUCCAAGGAUCCGGAGGGUCUUCGAGUAUUCUACUACCUGGUACAGGACUUGAAAUGCCUAGUUUUCAGUCUCAUCGGGCUACAUUUCAAGAUCAAGCCCAUCUAAGAAUUUGAUGUCCACACAAGGAAGAUGGAUUUGGGGAUGGAUUGAAGUGGGUGGUUGGGGAAAUAAGGGAUAGUAAUAAUUGGCUUGGGGUGACUCUUUGUUACAGGAACUAACUUUGUCUAAUGUGGAUUGUGGAUUUGGUAAUUUUUUUUAAUGUGAAUAUAAAUAAUUCCAUCUUUAUAAACUAUUACUUUUUAUAUUAAAAUAAAUGUCAUUUACAUUUGUUUGCUGCUGGAAGUUCGCUUUUAAAGAAUUAAAGAAGUCACUAAACGGUAUUGCUAUUUCAUAAUGUAUCUCUAAAGGUUCAAUGACACCUCAGCAGGCAAGCCAACAUAUUUUUGUCCAGACCUUUAAAUAAUUUUAUUAAUCAAGAAAGCAUUUGUUAGCAAAUACUAACAAAGAUAGCAUUUGUUUUGUUAAUCCAAAACAAAAAAGCUGUUUUGGAGUAUAUAACAGCUUUUAUGAAACAUGCCACCCGAGUCUUUAUACAGUUUUGUGGUUAGAGGAUAGUAUGAAGCCAAGAUUAGAGGUUGGGUAUCAUUUUAACUGCAGACAAUUGUAUGUUUUUUUAUAUUUUUAAAAAAUACUCCUGAUUGAAAGGAUUGGGUCCACUUCCUGCAAUUUCCAUUACUGAAGAUGCUUUGCCUUACCAGCAACACCGGAUCAACAUCAGGAAUGUCUGUCAGCAGAAAGAAUAUGAUUGCUCUGGCUGGAUGUUUGUCAAUAUGAUAGGAAUAAUUAAAAUCUUGAAGAAUA